GCCGGGACUCGGACUUCGCGCAAAAGUUUUGUUUCACCCAAGAAGAAAGGCAGGAGCCAGGAUGGCGACUGCUCUUAGUGCUCUCGAACAAACCACGGUUGUGGCAGGCACUGGAGAUUUUGAGGCUCUGCAGAAAUAUAAGACCACUGAUGCCACUACAAGCAUAUCUGCAAUGCUGGCAGCUGCAGCCAUGCCGCAGUAUGAAGAACUCAUAGAAGCGUCUGUAGAGUAUGGCAAACAGAAUGGCAGGUCUUCCGAGGCUGCUAUGGACAAGCUAUUUGUCCUGUUUGGAUGUGAAAUUCUGAAGAUCAUACCCGGACGUGUGGGCAUUGAAGUGGAUGCUCGUCUCAGCUUCGACAUGGAGGCAAUAAUUGCCAAAGCUCUAAAAUUCAUAGAGCUUUUCAAGGAGGAUGGUGUUGACAAAGACCGCAUCCUCAUCAAAAUAGCAUCUACGUGGGAGGGCAUCCAGGCUGCCAAGGUGCUAGAGUCUGAGCACGGCGUUCACUGCAACAUGACCCUUUUGGUCAGCUUUGAUCAAGCAGUGGCUUGUGCUGAGGCUGGAGUGACUCUCAUUUCGCCUUCCGUUGGCAGGAUCUUGGACUGGCACGUCACGAACACCGGCACUAAGUCGUAUGCUGCUCCUGAAGACCCUGGAGUGGUGAGCGUGACUCGUAUCUACAACUACUACAAGAAGUUCGAAUAUCCAACGGCAGUGAUGGGCGCCUCUUUCAGGAACGUCGGUGAGAUCCGGGAGCUGUGCGGCUGCGACCUUCUCACGAUCAGCCCCAAGCUGCUGGCCGAGCUUCAGGACUCCACUGCCCCCACGCCCCGCAAGCUCUGCCCUCAAGCCGCGACCGAGUGUAAGCUGUCGAAAGUUUUGCCAUUGCCAGAAGCGGAAUUUCGGCGGAAGCUGAACGAAGACCAAAUGGCGACGGAACAACUCUGCGCCGGCAUCCGUCAAUUUUCCAUGGACGCCAUAAAGUUGGAAGAGCUCCUGAAAGCGAGGAUGCAAGGGAACAUUGAACCCACGUUCAACGAUGAACCCCCAACAUGUCCCUCAAUUGAACUCAUCAGCGACGAAGAAGAAUCCACAGAUGAAGAAUCCACAGAGAAAACCAAGUUCACCUGUGAAUUAUGCAACAAAGCAUUUAGUAGGAGGUCGGAUCUGAAAAGGCACUUGAGAACGCACACAAAUGAAAGACCGUUUGCAUGCCGCGAGUGUGACUCUACAUUCAAACGUAAGGAUCACCUUAAAAAGCACGAAAGAUUGAAGCACCAAUAAGGACACUGGUUCCGGUCAUUGUACAACUUUUUAUUUUUCCGACGUGAUUCCGCCUCAAGCUUUAUUGCUUGUUUUUUCGGUUUUGAUAUUUUGUAGCUUUUAAGAUUUGGUUUAAAUAUGGAGUCAAAUUAUUUUUUGUGAGUAGGAUUGUUUAUUGGUGUUCACUACAUCCAUUCCGCACUGCUGGUGCUCGCUUUCUAUGUGAUAUUUUUUUUGUAUUUUGGUAUUAUUUUGUUUGGUGAAUAGCAACAUUCACCUUAAAUUUAGAAUCCUUUUUUUUUAUUUUUUUUUCUCGUUUAAUUAAAUUUUUAGUCCCUUUUCAGAAUCACCGAUUUGAUGCGGAGGAAAAAAAUAUAUUGAAGUGUAAGGAUGUUGGUAAUUUUUCCAGUCAUCAAGUUCUCGAGUACCUGAAUUUUGUGCCUGUAAGUUGUGUAGGAAGUGAUAUCUUAGAUAAGUAGAUAUGUUUACAAGUAAUUACCGAUAUAACCGCUCGUUUUUGAUGCCGUGUAUGCCAGUUGAAAUGGGGGCCUUUUGUAUGAUUUUCGCCAUUUUUAGUUUUGCCGUAUUAAAGAAAACUUUGACACCGUCCUUGUUUAUUCCACUCAUCAAUUGUUUUUC